AUGAGUUGGCGAUUUUUAGAUCUUGAGACUAAUUCUCCAAUGAGCAUCUGCACAACGACCGAUGUCUAUUCGGCUGCUUCACUAAUCGGCCAAGAGCUGCAACUGUUGAUCGAUGAACAUGGACCGGAGGAUUUUGAGUGUCUUAUGUACAGGAUUAUACAUGUUUUGGAGGAACUUGAAUACUGCGUUAGCCAUUGUACUGAUACAGAACAGUUGAUUGGCGAACUCCAAGAACAACACGAUGCGCUAAAGAGCGAGCGCAGUGAUUAUGACUUCCAGGAUUUCACUUUGGACUUGGAUCUAAUGCAGCAGAGCUGGUACAACGAGACCCAGAGGCUGUUGGAUCGAAUUGCUGUGUUGGAGUCUGAGAAUCACCGACUGAAGCGCCAGCUGGAGAAUGUUGAGGAGGAGGUGGAGGUGGGUGAUACACAGCCCUGCGUUGCGGACCUGGUGGCGGGGCAGGAGAAAUAUCUACACCGACCCUUCUCUCUACCCAUAAAACCCUGCGAGGUGGACUCGCUGCUGGCGCACACCGAGGAGCGUCUCCUCCUCACCCAUCAGGAAAGUCGUGCUGCCGACUUGCAGUUGAUCCGUUUGUUGAAGGCUGGUGUAAUUAACCAGGCACGGGAGAUUAAGGAGACAAGGCAGGAGCUCCUCUUCAUCGAGGUUUCAAUCGAUGCGUCAACGGAAUGUUCCGCCUUCAUUCAGGUGGAGGAGGAGAUGUGUCGUCUGGCGCGUGAAUCAGGCCAACUCAUGGCCGCCAGAUCUCCGAGCCAGUUUAACCACCUCAGCUCCGAGCAUGCCACGUUGGAAGCCAAACUGAGCGUCUGCGAGAAGAAACUGGAGGAGCUCUCCCUUCUUAUGGGUAGCAAUGAGCAGGUUGAGUCACCUCUGGCUCCGGCAAUGCCGCUACACGUGGCACCGGGAGAAGGUAUGGAGGCGGUGGCGAACGUGCGGGACCGAAUGGAGGAGCGGGAUAGCCUCCUGGCUUUGGAGCAGCUCCGUAGCCUUCUGUACGAACGCAACCGCCUGCGCUGUCGAUUCAUUGAACUCAACGCCGGACUGGAAGCUAUUAUGGACCGUGGGGAAGAGGGAGAACUAGUGUAUGGACCGUUGCCCAGGGAGCCAAUAGAAAAGCUAUUUCCAGACUAUCAUCUAAUUCAGGCAAUAAGUGCAGAAUUAUUUUUGGGAGUUCAUGUACAUCAGUUAUUCGACCUUGAAAGUAGGGCGGGUGUUGCGGUAUCUCCCCAGUGCGGUUCUCGGGCUAGUCAUCCUACGGCACGGGUGUACUCUGUGCAUCAUUCAUCAAAUUCCUCAGGUGGAGAAAUGCACCAUAACAUGCACAGUAUGAAGAUGUAUUUCAAUACAGAUUUGCCAUUUCAUCUCUUGUUUGAAACGUGGCACAUAGAUACUGUCGGAAAAUUGAUUGGCGCUUGUGCUGGUGUUUUUCUUCUGGCGCUUUUGUACGAAGGGAUAAAAGGGUUUCGUGACCACCUUCUCGUCCAAAAGUUGACUCCGUUAUCGCCAGGUGGCCACGCAAAUUCUACCAUCUACGACGAGGCGAUCCAUUCUUCUGUACUUGCUGUCGAUGGUGGGAUGCGUCAGGGAGAUCAUGUGGUGCCGUUAGUUCAAGGAACUGGAUCUGGAUGGCGCAGCUACUGUAACCCGGAUCACAUACUCCAGAGUUUAAUGCAUCUGAUCCAGCUCUUCUUCUCCUACAUGCUAAUGUUAGUCGUUAUGACCUACAACGCCUAUCUUCUCGUGGCCCUGCUCCUUGGCUCUUGUCUAGGCUACUUCCUCUUCUUUCGCCGCCGCUUUGUCAUCAUGGGUGAACAGGAAUGCUGCCAUUGA